AUGCAAAGACCUUGCUCUCUGGAUGCUGCCUCCACCCAUUCCCUUGAGUUCGCUGAGGCACAUUUCAGCGGGCGUCCUCCCGUUUCGAUGCCACUUGAGGCACUUCUUCCGAAGGGAUCGCCGAAAUCAACCAAGCCGGGACAAAAAGAGGUGGACCCACAAGCUGAGCAGGAAAUUCAGCAAGGCAAUGGACCGGGGUGGUUGCAUCCUCCAGUUGCCUUGGUUGCGGAAACUUAUGCAGAUGGGUGA